AUGGACCCGACGGGCACCGGCUUGCUGCUAACGUGUCGGUUGUUUUGUCAAUCAAACAAUCAAACCAGACCUGUGCUUGGUUGGUUUUUUAGCACCUUUGCGGGAGUGAACGUGCGAAAACCUAGUGUGAGGAUCAGUAUCACGAUGGCCGUUUGCGACGUGCAGUGCAGGCUGGAUGUAGGUUCGACAACAACAACAACAAAAGACAUCAGGAUUCGUCAGCCACAUAUCAUCUGCUUGGUGCAUGUGGUGUUGAAUGUUGAUUGCUGCAAAACUUCGCGAAUAGGGACUACGUCUAGUGUUGCAGCAGCAGAACGUGCAGCCUCUGUUGCGAUGCACCGUGGUUCUUGA